AUGGCUGGCCGACGAUGCAAUAGCAGGAGUCGAGCAACGGCAAUGAAGGAAGAGUUGCAGCACAAUCACACAGUCAAGAACAGCAAGCGACGGACGAUGCAGUUACAGCACGGAUGGCCGAUGAAAAAACCACCGACAGCAAGAACAGCAAGACAGCAGGACAACAAGACUGCACGGACGGCAGUUGCAGCACAAGCACACAACAACGACAGCAAAGGUGCACAAUCACACAAAGGUGCACAGAGAUGCGGCCACACAAAAAAAAAAUUCGGCGGCAGAGAAAAAAAAAAUUUGGAGGUGCGGCCACAAAGAAAACCUAGCCUGAUACCAUGA